CCGGUGUUUCAUUGUUUCUUUUCCCAAAAGAUGGCGGCCAAGCUUUACUAUGGAACAAAGAAGUCAAGCGAACACGGUUGGAUUGGACGACACAUACGAAGUACAGUGUAGUAUGCAGCGAACAUUUCGAAAGAUCAUGUUUCGAAGAGGGUCCCUUGCGAAUGGCAGAAAUGGGAAUCAGCACUCGUCGACUCGUGCUGAAGAAAGGUGCGAAGCCAACUAUUUUCGAUAGACCACGGACAAGUCCGGAGCACCCGACCCCCUCCACAAGCGGACAGACUGGGCACAUGAGGUCUGCAUUUGCCAAAAGGGAAAGGAAGAGGACAAUAGAUCAGAUCAUGGACAGUACGACUACGGCAUCAGUGGCGGAUGCGGUGGAUGAACCAAUGGCAAUGGCACUAGAUUUGCCUGAUGAGGAGGGCGAUCAAGAUCAGGGAAAUACAAGAGAACAAGGAUGCCAGACGGACUGGGUACCGAUUGGGACAGCACCAACAGCAAUGACCAGUAGCAAGAGCACCCAAACAGGGAAAAUACAUCAUAGAUCAAAGGGACACCAGGUGACCCCAGAGAUCCUCGAGAGGGUUAGAGCUCGGCCGGCCAGGGUUAGUGAAGUCCCAUUGUCAAGUGUAGCAGCUCCAUCUGACAGCCCCGAGAUGCAGACUAACAUAGCAGCUCCAGGUGUGUCUGGAAUGCAAGCCAAGCUACGACCACCUCCUGCAUUGUUUGAUGAAGGACCAGCAUCAAGUCCCACUGCGCCUUUUGUUGGUGGUUCUUCCGAUGACAGCUAUGUGCCGAGUGAGUCAACGACAUCGGAUCCGUGUCAAUCUGACGGGUCGCCAGAUCGCCCAUGUACUCACCAGAUGCGUGAAGAGGGCUGCCACAAGGAACCGAAGUACAUCAUCUUUGAGUCGUGCCUCCAGAGUCUCGUCAAGUGGUGUCACUGUCCAGUCUGUGGCAGCCAGGACAUAAGCCCUUCUUGGGAUUCGAACGGUACACAGCUGACCAUGACUCUUCAAUGUGCAUCAUGUGACCAGAGGAGUAGUUGGAGCAGCCAGCCAAACAUUGGCCCUUAUGCCGCGGGCAACAUCCUGCUGUCUGCUGGCAUCCUCUUCGCUGGGGCAUCUUCUGGCAAGGUGUUGCAAGUGCUGAACAGCAUCGGAGUGGUCACGUAUGUGAAGAGGACAUUUUUCAACCACCAGGAGCUCAUCCUGCAGCCAGCCAUCAAAAAGGUGUGGGAGGAACAGCAACGGACGCACCUCACCAUGCUGCAGGUGGAAGGCCGACCCCUCGUCCUUGGUGGUGAUGGGCGAGCAGACAGUCCGGGACACAGCGCCAAGUUCGGUACCUACACCACAAUGGAGCUUGUGGCCAAUGUGGUUCUCGACCUUCAGGUUGUACAGAGCAACGAAUGUCUUGGCAGCUACCAUAUGGAGAUGGAAGGACUGAAGAGGAUGGUGGAACUGCUGAUCAGCUGGGACCUGGAUGUCGGGGUGCUGGUGACAGACAGACACAGACAGAUCGCUAAAUGGAUUCGUGAAAACAUGCCCAAUACACGGCACUGCUAUGACAUCUGGCAUGUUGCAAAAUCCAUCGGAAAGAAACUGAAGGCCAUCGCCAAGCAUAAGGACUGUGAAGACCUGAAGCCCUGGGUGCAAAGUAUAAUCAACCACCUCUACUGGGCAGCAGUGUCUACACCGCCUGGAGAGGGGGAACUUCUGGUUGCCAAGUGGAAGUCUGUGGAGCGACACAUUCAGAACAUCCACAAGGACCAUGGCGACCUCUUCCCAAUUUGUACUCAUGGACAACUGCAACGGCAAAAGAAAUGGCUCAAACAAAGUUCACGCUCAGCAGUGAAACUGGAGGAGGUGGUCAACAACAAGUCCCUGCUAAAAGAUAUCGCCAUGCUGUCGGGUGAACACCAGACUUCCAAGGUGGAGGCGUUCCAUAGCCUUAUCAUACAGUUCGCACCGAAAAUGUAUGUCUUCUCAUACAUCGGAAUGCUGUGCAGGAACCUGCUUGCUGGGCUGCACUGGAACGAAAAUUCGAGCCGCCCUAUAGCCACUACACAAGCGGGUGCUGAGCGCUAUGCAGUACGCUACCCGAAGUAUAAAGCAGGGGGCCAUGUGGUCAAGAAAAUCGCGACAGAGCCAACAUACCGCUACGUAGAUGACUUGAUCAGGGAGGUUGUUGCUGGCUGCAGACAGACCCCUGACGAGAGAACACCACUCAGCGUCACUGUGGAUGUGCCUCCCUUCCUCUGCGAUGAACUGGAGAAGCCAGACAAGGAGGAAGCCAUCGCCAAGCACAGGAGUCGCUUCGGUAAGUGUGAAAUGCCCUCCCGGUAACAGUUAGAGAUGCUACCUCAGUAGAAGCAUUUAAGUCCCAUCUUAAAACUCAUUUGUAUACUCUAGCCUUUAAAUAGACCCCCUUUUUAGACCAGUUGAUCUGCCGUUUCUUUUCUUUUCUCCUCUGCCCCCCCCCCCCACGUGGAGGGGUUAUUCCGGUGACCAUGGAUAAAGUGCUGGCUGUCCAGAGUUGGGACCCGGGGUAUACCGCUCGCCUGUGCAUCGGUUGGGGACAUCUGCGCUGCUGACCCGUCUCCGCUCGGGGUGGCCUCCUGCUGGCUCCACUGGACCCUCACUAAUAUGUUAGACCCACUCGACAUCCAUUGCUUUCGGUCUCCCCUAGAGGGGGGGGGUUACCCACAUAUGCGGUCCUCUCCAAGGUUUCUCAUAGUCAUUCACAUCGACGUCCUACUGGGGUGAGUUUUCCUUGCCCGUGUGUGGGCUCUGUACCGAGGAUGUCGUUGUGGCUUGUGCGGCCCUUUGAGACAUUUGUGAUUUAGUGCUAUAUAAAUAAACAUUGAUUGAUUGAC